AUGCUGCGCGCUCUGAGUAUUCUCCGCCGCAGGGAGUCUGCUGGGGGCUCCGAGAACGUCAACACCAGCAACAGCAACAGCAGCAGCAGCAGCAGCAACAGCAGCAGCAGCAGCAGCAGCUUUGAAGAUGCCAUCAGAGGCAGCAGGGAGGCCAUCAGCACUCUUGACAAACGCCACGCACAUAUUCUGCGCAGAGCCCAGGCUCAAAGUGAGUUGGCUCGCGCUUGCGUGUCUUCUUCCGAUCGAAGCGGGGCAUUGAUGGCGCUGCAGCGGCGGCAGCUGCUGCUGUCGGAGCUGCAGCAGCUUGCUGCAGCACGUCUAGCUUUAGAGAAGCAGCUGCUGCAGUUAGAGACAUCACAGACGCAGCGCCUGGCUGUUGCUGCUAUGGCUGCUGCUGCUACGGCACAGAAACAACUCAACAAACAACUCAACAGCAGCACAGUGGAGCGGCUGCUAGACGACAUAACGGAGCAGCACGAAGCACAAAAAGAAUUUAUCGAUGCGCUGCAGCAAACCGCCAACCCAGCAGAAGACGAGGCAAGGGCUUCACUGAUUAGGGCAGAGUUGCUGCGGCAGCUCGAUGAGUUGGAGGCCUUAGAAGUGGAGAAGCAGCUGAUAGACCCGCCGAUUGCUGCUGCUGCACACACGCAGCAGCAACUGCAGCACAUGCAGCAAGAGCAUGAGCUGCUGCUGCUGCAGCAGCAGCUGCAGCAGCAGCAGCAGCAACAACAACAGCAACACCUUGUGCAUGAACCCCCUCAUAGCCUCCCCCUGUGGCAAGGCAUAGAAGCACCUGCGCAGCAGCAGCACCUGCUGCAGCAGCAGCUGCAGCAGCCUGUGCGCGCACCUGCUGUUGCUGCUCCUGCUGCUGCUGCUGCUGCUGCUGCUGUGCGCCCGCCGGGUAUGCUACUUGAGCAGCUGCAGCAGCAGCAGCAGCAGCGGCAUAAGAAUCUGCUGCAGCAGCAGUAUCCAGAAGAUUUACAGCAGCAAGAGCAUCAGCUACUGCAGCAGCACCUGCAGCAGCAGCCGCAGCAGCACCACGGCAGCAGCCUGCUGCAUCACGAAGGUCCUGGUUGGGGUGAGCAGGAGCACGCAGCAACAGCAGCAGCAACAGCAGCAGCAGCAACAGCAACAGCAACAGCAGCAGCAAGCGAUUCUGUUUGCUUGUGUUGUUUUUGUGCUCCGCAGCAUCAUCGGCUCGCCACUCCUUUGGGGUGUAUUCGCAGCUGCAGCAGCAGCAGCAGCAACAACAACAGCAGCAGCAAAGCGAAGAAGCCCGACUGGGCGUGCUUCUUUAUUCCUGAAGCAGCAGCUCUUGCUGCUCCUGCAUGCCACGGUGCUUAG